AUGAACCUCAUAUUUGAUUUUGCCGGAGCAGAUGUGAGGGCUGCUCCAGCGAAAAGGAAUGGAGUCACCGUGCUUGAAGCCUUGGCGAAAUCUAACGAAAGUUACUUCUACCCGAGAUUCGCAGCCGAGGUUUUGCAAAUCCCAGACCCGAACUAUCAAAAAGAUCAAAUCUCAAAACUAGAAGGUUUUCGAAAUUGGGUGGCCAUGGGCGCGCCCAUCAAUCGCCUAAACGGCGAUGACAGUAGCUUACUGCACCACUUGGUAUAUAAUUUCCAUUACGAAUGCCUGCAGUCAGCAUUGGAACUAGGCGCACGAACAGAAGCCAGGUGGCACGUGGAUAGGAACAUUGGUGUGUUUCAGGAUGAGCUUGAGCAUGAGACUUCAAAGGGCGUGAAAACUCCGCUUCAACUUGCUGCAUACUUGGACGAAGUUGAAGCUGCUCGCUUGCUACUCAAGUAUGGAGCCGAUAUCAAUGCCCGCCCGAGCGACGAGUACGGCAGAACUGCGUUACAGGCAGCGACGUGUAACUUCAGAGAACAGUGUGGACAUGAAACGCUGCAACUUCUGCUUUCCUUUAACCAGGACAUCAACGAACCACCAGCAAAUCAAGGAGGCCUCACAGCCCUACAGGGGGCAGCAAUAAGCGGCGAUUUAGGUGUUGCCAAGAUGCUGCUCGAACGCGGAGCAGAUAUCAACGCCCCUGCCGCAGCCGUGAGCGGCAGGACGGCGAUCGAAGGAGCUGCUGAACACGGCCGUCUGGACAUGGUACAGUUCUUGCUCGAGAACGGGGCCAAAGGUGAUCCGGAGACUGGGUUCUCCAGAGCAAUUGAGCUCGCAAGAGCAGAGACCCAUUUGGGAGUUGCAAAGGUUCUUGAGGAGCACGACGAGAUCUCGGCGCUACUUGAUAUGGGGCUGGCGUAUGGAGCGAGUACUGACCUGGCCACUACUCUGCCAUCUCCGGGAAGGAUAUUCGACAUUUGA